AUCCCCGGGCUAUAUAUAUGGCUAAAUGCCUUCCUAACACACUUCAUCCACAGACAAACGCAUUCCAACCUUCAACUAGUAGAAGAAUUUCUCCAGUUCCCAGAAACACAAGAAACUACCAUGAUGAGUGCCAAGAACCUCUCUCGGAUUGCCAAGAAGUGGCAGAGGGUGGCGGCUAUCGGGAGGAAGAGGCUCACCUGGUCGUUAUCAACGUCCACAGAAGAAGCCGGAGGGUCAUGCGGCAUGUCAUGCUCGUCGGUGGCCAGUAAGGGCCACUGCAUCAUGUACACUGCCGACGGCGUGAGGUUAGAAGUGCCGCUUGCGUUCCUUGGCACAACCGUCUUCAGUGAGCUCUUAAGGAUAUCCCAAGAGGAGUUCGGCUUCGCAGGCGUUGAUGGUGACAGAAUCACGCUUCCCUGCGAUGCAUCGGUGAUGGAGUACGCCAUGUGGUUGCUCAGGAGAAGCGCCUCCGCAGAGACGGAGGCCGCGUUCCUCAAUACCAUGGCGAUGCCAUGCCAUUAUCAUGUGGUGCCACAUCUGGAAGUUAGCCAGCAUUUCGGUGUCUGCAGCUCCUGAUUACUAUCUGCAGAGAUAUAGGAAUCUCACACCAAGGAAAAUGGACAGUAGUUGGAGACAAUGUUAUUUCAAUGUAUACAUAUACUUUGUUGCAAAGAUAAAUGGAUGAUCGCAGUUUUUAGAACCUAAGCAGUAUGUGUCGACAAAUUUCUUCUAUGCAGUUAUAUCUUAUAUGGCCUUGAUCAGACACA